GCAGACGCAUGAACCUUGUGAGUAUGGGGAGACGUGGCAUACAACUAACAGGCUUUUGGCCACUACAGCUGGCGUGGCUGACCUGUGUUAAUCAGGAAUCUGAAUUCUGCUUGAGGUCACAGCACCUGAACAAGAUAAACAAACUGAAAGCUACGCAAGCGAGGUUGGAAGCAACAUCAGAUACACGUCAACUCUGGCAGAGUGUGCAAGACAUUACUUCCCACAAAGUGAAACCCAAUAGCAUGAAUGACAGUGAUGCUUCACUACCAGAUGAGCUCAAUGCCUUCUAUGCCCACUUUGAAAGGGAGAAUAUAAUUACAGCUGUGAAGAUCCCUGGUGCACUCAGUGACCCUGAGAUCUCUGUCUCGAGGUUGACGUUAGGCUGUCUUUAAGGAGGGUGAACCCUCACAAGGCAGAAGGCCCCACUGGAGUACCUGGUAAGUCUCUGAAAACUUGUGCCAAUCAACUGGAAAGAUAAUUCAAGAACAUUUUCAAUUCUCACAUUUAUGGUCGGAAAUUCAUACCUGCUUCAAAAAGGCAACAAUUAUACCAGUGGCUAAGAAAAGUAGUGUUAACUGCCUCAAUGACUAUUGCCCAGUAGCACUCAGGUGAUGAAAUGCUUUGAGAGGUUGGUCAUAGCUAGGAUUUGGACCCACUGCCUUUCACCACAAUAGGUCUCUGACAGAUGCAAUCUCAAUGGCUCUUCACCAGGCCUUAGACCACCUGGAUAAUGCAAAUACUUAUGUCAGGGUGCUGUUCAUUGACUUCGCUCCAUGUUUAACACCUUCAUUCCAAAAAUUCUGAUUGAUAAGCUACAGAAACUGGGCUUCUGUACCUCCCUCUGCAAGUGGAUCCUUGACUUCCUAACCAGAAGACAACAAUCUGUGGAGAUUGGUGAUAAGACCUCCUCCUCAUUGACAAUCAACACUGAUGCACGUCAGGGGUAUGUGCUUAGUCCACUGCUGUAUUCACUCUAUAUCCAUGACUGUGUGGCUAGGCAUUGCUCAUAUACCAUCUAUGAAUUUGCUGAUGAUACGAACAUUGUUGGUAGAAUCUCAGAUGAAGACACUCAGAUGGAGUGAUGUCGCAGCAACAACCCAGCAUUCAACAUCAGUAAGACAAGAGGGCUGAUUGUGGACUUCAGGAAGGGUAAGAGGAAGGAACACAUACCAAUCCUCAUAGAGGGAUCAGAAGUGGAGAGAGUGAGCAGUUUCAAGUUCCUGGGCAUCAAGAUCUCUGAGGAUUUAACUUGGUCCCAACAUAUCUAUGUAGUUAUAAAGAAGGCAAGGCAGUGGUAUACUUUAUUAGGAGUUUGAAGAGAUUUGGCAUGUCAACAAAUACAUUCAAAAACAUCUAUAGAUGUAUCGUGGAGAGCAUUCUGACAGGUUGUACAGGUCUUUGGCUCCUCCCACUUUCUCCAAAACAAAGAUGUAGCCAUGGGCACCGCAUGGGUCCCAGCUAUGCCUGCCUUUUUGUUGGCUUUGUGGAACAGUCCAUGUUCCAACUCUAUACAGGUAUCGGUCCCCCACUUUUCCUUCGCUAUAUUGACGACUGCAUUGGUGCUGCCUCCUGCACGCAUGCUGAGCUCGUUGACUUCAUUAACUUUUCCUUCAACUUUCACACUGCCCUCAAAUUUACCUGGUCCAUUUCUGACACCUCCCUCCCCUUUCUUGAUCUUUCUGUCUCCAUCUCUGGAGACGGCCUAUCCACUGAUAUCAAAUAUAAGCCUACGGACUCUCACAGCUACCUGGACUAUUCCUCUUCCCACCCUGUCUCUUGCAAAAAUGCCAUCUCCUUCUCACAAUUCCUCCAUCUCCACCACAUCUGCUCUCAGGAUGAGGCUUUUCAUUCCAGGACAAAGAAGAUGUCUUCCUUUUUUAAAGAAAGGGACUUCCCUUCCUCCACCAUCAACUCUGCUCUCAAACACAUCUCUCCCAUUUCCCGCACAUCUGCUCUCACCCCAUUCUCCUGCCACCCCACUAGGUAUAGGGUUCCCCUUGUCCUCACCUACCACCCCACCAGCCUCAGAGUCCAACAUAUAAUUCUCCGUAACUUCCACCACAUCCAACAGGAUCCCACCACCAAGCACAUCUUUCCCUCCCUCCCUUCUUCUGCUUUCCACAGGGAUCAUUCCCUACAUGAAUCCUUUGUCCAUUUGUCUCCCCCAUCCCUUCCCACCGAUCUCCCUCCUGGCACUUAUCCUUGUAAACAGAACAAGUGCUACACCUGCCCUUUCACUUCCUCCCUCACCACCAUUCAGGGCCCCAGACAGUCCUUCCAGGUGAGGUGACACUUCACCUGUGAGUUGACUGGUGUGGUAUACUGCGUCUGGUGCUCCCAGUGUGGCCUUCUAUAUAUUGGAGAGACCUGACACAGACUGGGAGACCAUUUCGCUGAACACCAACACUCUGUCAGUGUACCUACCAGUGGCCACACAUUUUAAUUUCAUGUCCCAUUCCCAUUCUAAUAUGUCUAUCCAUGGCCUCCCCUACUGUCAAGAUGAAGCCACACUCAGGUUAGAAGAACAACACCUUAUAUUCCAUCUGGGUAGCCUCCAACCUGAUGGCAUGAACAUUGAUUUCUCUAACUUCCGUUAAUGCCCCUCCUCCCCUUCUUACUCCACCCCUUAUUUAUCUAUCUAUUUAUUUAUUCAUUCAUUCAUUCAUUCAUUCAUUCAUUCAUUCAUUCAUUCAUUCAUUCAUUCAUUCAUUCAUUCAUUCAUUCAUUUAUUAAUUAUCCUUUUUUUUCUCUUUUCUCUCUCUGCCCCUCUCACAAUCACUCCUUGCCUACUGUUCAUCCUCCUCUGGUGCUCCUCUCCCCUUUCUUUCUCCCUAGGCCUCCCGUCCCAUGAUGCUUUCCCUUCUCCAGCUGUGUAUCCCUUUUGCCAAUCAACUUUUCAUUCCUCCCCCUCCUGUCUUCUAUCAUUUCAAGUCUCCCCCACCCACUCCCACUUUCAAAUCUCUUACUAUCUCUUCUUUCCGCUAGUCCUGAUGAAGGGUCUCGGCCCAAAACAUCAACGGUGCUUCUUCGUAUAAAUGCUGCCUGGUCUGCUGCGUUCCACCAGCAUUUUGUGUGUGUUGUUUGAAUUUCCAGCAUCUGCAGAUUUCCUCGUGUUUGAGGUUGUAUCACUGACUGCUAUGGGGGCUUACAACACAGGACUGAAAGAAGCUACAGAAAGUUGUAAGAUUAGUCAGCUCCAUCUUGGGUACCCAAGGCAGCUUCUGAGAGUGGAGCCUGAAAAAGAUGACAUUCAUUAUUAAGGGCCCCCAUCAUCCAGGGCUUGUCCUCUUCUCAUUGUUACCAUCAGGAAGGCACACACUCAGCGAUUCAGGAACAGCUUCUUCCCCUCUGCCAUCUGAUUCCUAAAUAGGCAUUGAACCCAUGAACGCUAACUCACUUUUUGGCUAAUAUAUAUUAUUUCUGUUUUUGAACUAUUUAAAAUCUAUUCAAUAUACAUAUAUAUACUUACUGAUUGAAUUGUUUAUCUUUCUUUUUAUAUUGCCAUGCAUUGCAUCAAACUGCUGCUGCUAAAUUAACACAUUUCACAACCCAUGCCAGUGAUAAUAAACCUGAUUCUGAUUCUGCUCCAGCCACAGCAGAGGCUGGACAAUGACUGAAGUAAACGUAUGAUGAUGAAGGACAAACUGCUGGAGGAAAUUAGCAUGCUGCGACUGAAUUUCAGGGAGACGUACAGCGGCAAACAGUACACCCAAAAUGGAUGCAACAAGUUCUAUUGUCAGUAGAGUGGCUCUCCUUGGCAGGCAUCAAACUGGAGGCUAAUUUAGCUGCAUUGUUUGCACAGCAACAAACACUGGAAGACAAACAUGCGCUGGAACAACAAGAGGAGCAGGUGGAAGAACGGCUACGGAAAGGAAACAAGCACCGAUAGAGAAGGAAAGAACAGCUUAGGUCCAGGAAGAAUCGCAGCACAGAUAGCUAAAGUGAGAGUGCUAAGGGCUUCAAGUGCUGUGGGUGCUAAACACGCUCCAGCAGGACAGUGCAAUGGUGAGAGUUCCGAUGUUGACAUGGUGCAGAGAAAGUCCAACAUACUCGAUGUCAGUGUGGAUACAUUUGUUCCUCAAAUGUCUGUGAGCCACGAGUUUGGACCCCAGGGGGUUUCUCGGGAUAUUGACUCUCAGCCUGCAUCGAGGAGGCACUCUGAACCUAUGCCACAUCCAAUAGCACAAGGUGCUUCUGAGGACAUUCAUUUACAGUAUAGAUAAUUAAAGUCUAAAUUAGUGCACUGGAGGCUAUAAAGAUGCAAAAGGAAAUAGCAAGUUUAGUGAUGGAACAACAAUUCAUGAAUCUCUGCUUAAAAGAUUCAAAUCUUUGAUGGCGAUCCAUUGUAAUAUCAUUCAUUUCAAAGGGCUUUCAAGAAUAGCACUGAAGGCAAGACUGAUGAUUAUGGCAAGCGUUUCUCUUUUCCUCGAACAGUUCACUGGAGGUUACCCUAGAAAGUUUGACAAAAGUUGCCAGCAAGCUAACCCGGAGGAAGGAUAUCUGAAGGCCAAGGCUUUACUACAGGAACAUUUUGAUAAUAAGCACAAAAUUGGAUCAGUCUGUAUGAAAAAGGCUCUUUCUUGGCAACAUAUCAAAUCAGAAGAUGUGAAAGCUCUUCAAGAUGACAGUUUUUUUCUGAGAGUCAGUUGUAAUGCAAUAAGAGAUGUUCAGUUCAUGUGAGAGCUUGAUAUGCCUAUUAGUAUAUUGAUUGCUGUAAAGAAGUUAUUUUAUAUGCUUAGGGAAUGGAGAAUGGAGAUGGUUUGCCUGUGAGCUACUGGAUAAACACAACCACGAGGUUACUUUCAUCAACCUUGUCGAGUUUAUUGAAAAAUGAGGAUUUCUACACACGGAUGCAUGGAAAUACAUGGGACACUACACCAUCAGUAAUAAAAAAGAUGUGAACAAAACUAAGUCACAAAUUCAUUCGAAGGAAACAGCUUUACUGCUACUGUGACUAUGGUGAAAAAUGAAAAUGAAGGAGGUUGACUGAAGACAUGCAUCUAUAACAGUUAUGCCCUUAGGAAGAUAAUGGAUCCAUAGAGUUCUUUUGGCUAAAGAUGGUUACGUAUGCUUCAACCUUGUUUUCACAUGCUGAGCCUUCUCAUCAUCAAGGAUGUCAACAUUUGUUGAGAUACUUCCUUCAGUUUCUUAUUUUUAAUUAAUUAGCAAUAUUAUUGAUCUUAUAAAUGUAACGGUUUUAGUCUUCUACAAUUCUCAUUUAAUAGGAACAAUGAUCUGUUCAAGACCAAUAGGAAAAUUAAAGCUAUCAUUACAUCAAAUCAAGAGACUUACAAUGCUUCCAGAAAUAGACUUGAUGGUUUGAAAUAGCCUUUGAGUGCUUUUGAGUGCCAGAAAAAUUAAGGUUCACCUGUGACCAACCCUGCAUUAUAUUGAGCUUUUAGGCUACUUCUGAGCAAAGGGAGAAUGAAACACUACACAGCCAAUGUAGCCUAUUUUCACCUGGAUAAUUGUCUAAACUGUGUGCUUGUUUUUAGCCAGCCUACCAUUUUCUUCAACUUUUUGGUGGAUGAGACUUGUUCUGACCUCUCCCUGUGAUGUAAUAUUGCACAAUCAGCUGACAAUUAGGUAUUACUUGGAGGAAUGCUCAACAAGUGCUGGCUGUUAGAUUGAUCCAAGUAUUUCAAGCUUAAUUCAGCAAGUUCAGUUUCUGACCUACAGUAAGCAUCUAGGUAUAUCUGAGCAGACAGCGAGUUAGGCAUCUACUUUUACAACCUAAAAUCUAGGCUGAAUCACUGAGAUUCAGAAAGCUGGAUAUCACCCCAUUGAAAAAUGGAGAUCUGUAAACCUUUAAUUUGUAGUCAGGAAUCUGUACUUGCCAUUUAAAAUCGGAGCAAAAUACCAUAGCAACUUUAUAAAGGUACAUCAGUCUUAGAGUUAAUGCACUUCAGGAUAAGAUCAUAGAAACAAGAAAGGCUAGACCUUCAAGAAAUACCUGUAUUUUUGAAACUGUACACCAAAUUCACAGGCCCUAAUUUGACUUGAGUAAUUGUGAAACUGAAGUCGCUUUAAAGUAUACCUUUUUAAUUUCUUAUUAACAGAAAGAUUAGUCUGACAAUAGGUGAAAGAAAAAUUAAAUAUACAUUAAGUCAAAGUAAGAGGCAAUUAAUGUUUCCAGAAAUAGCAGCAGGCCUGUUGAUUGAGAGUAUUUUAAAACUUGGCAAAAGAAAGCCAAGCAUGGGAAAAUGGAACAGAAUCAGUAAACUAGCAGGAAACAUUUAAACAAACCUGCAAAAGCUCCAUCAGAUACAUAACAAGUAUAGGAUGAUUAAAAGCAAAUGUGAGACCCUUGUAGACAUGAGAGUUUAUAAAGAGGAAAAAGCAAAUGGCAUAGAGUUAAACACAAUUUUUGAGUAUAAGUACAUUUGUGGAAAGAACAGAAUUCUGCCAGAAAUACUAGAGAGUCAAAGCUUAGUCAGAAUGGGAGCUUAAAAAAAAGUUAACAUUCAUUUAUUUUUUAAGAAAAGGUAUUAGAGAAAUUGUUAAGAUUGAAAGCUGGAAAAUCCCAAGCACCUGACAAUCUACAUAACAGAAUUUUGAAGGUAGGGGCUUUGGUGAAGGUUUAUAUGAAUAUCAUUGUUCAAACUUUUAUAGAUUCUGGAAUUGAUCCAGUGGGUUGGAGGGCAACAAUAAGAUAUAGGAGCAGAAUUAUGCCAUUUACACCACCAAGUCUGCUCUGCCAAUUUACCAUGUUUGAUCCAAUUUUCCUCUCGGUUCCAAUCUCCUGCCUCCUCACCAUAUCCCUUCAUGCCCUGACCAAUUAAGCCUUAAAUAUACAUAAAGACUUGGCCUCCAUGACUUCAUGUGGCAACAAAUUCCACAGAUUCUCCUCUCUCUGGCUAAAGAAAUUCCUCCUCAUGUCUGUUCUAAAAGGAUGCCCCUCUAUUCUGAGGCUAUGUCCUCUGGUCAUAGACUCUCCCACUAUAGGAAAAUCAUUUCCAUAUCCACUCUGUCAAGGCCUUUCACCAUUUGAUAGGUUUCAACGAGGUCACCCCUUGUUCUUCAGAAUUCUAGUGAAUACAGGCCCAGAGCUAUCAAAUACUUUUCAUAUGAAUAGCCAUUUAACCUUGGAAUCAUUCUUGUGAACCUCAUUUGAACCCUUUCCAGUUUCAGCGCAUCCUUUCUCAGGUAAGAAGCCAAAGCUGUUCACAAGUGAGGCCGCACCAGAACUUAUUUAAGUCUCAACAUUACAUCAUUGCUUUUAUAUUCUCGUCCUCUUGAAAUAAAUGCUAACAUUGCAUUUGCCUUCCUCACCACAGACUCAACCUACAAAUUUAACCUUUAGGGAAUCCUGCACAAGAACUCUCAAGUCCCCUUGCGCCUUACUUUUGUUUAAUAUGUUCUCUCUAUUUAGUAAAGGCAACCCUUUAAUUUCUUCUGCCAAAGUGCAUGGUCAUACAGUUCCCAACAUGUAUUCCAUCUGCCAUUCUUUGCCCAUUCUUCUCAUCUGUCCAAAUCCUUCUGUAGCCUCUCUACUACCGCAACACUACCUGCCCCUCCACCUAUCUUCAUAGCAUUUGCAAACCUUUUAAAAAAGUCAUCAAUUUCAUCAUCCAAAUCAUUGAGAUAUAGCGUAAAAAGAAUCAGUCCCAAUACAGACCCCUGUGGAACCCCACUAGUCUCCGACAGCCAACCCUUUUAUUCCCACUUUUUGCCUCCUGUCAAUCAGUCACUGCUUUAUCCAUACAGGAAUCUUUCCUGUAAUACCAUGGGCUCGUAACUUAUUAAGCAGCCUCAUGUAUGGCACCUUGUCAAAGGCCUUCUGAAAAUUCUCCUUUGUCUAUCCUGUUUGUUAUUUCUUUAAAGUAUUCCAACAGAUUUCUCAGGCAAGACUUUCCUUUGAGGAAACCAUGGUGACUACAGCUUAUUUUAUCAUGUGCCUUCAAGUACCCUGAGGUAUCAUUUCAACUCCAACGUCUUCCCAACCAAUGGGGUCAGACUAACUGGCCUAUCGUUUCCUUUCUUCUGCCUCUCUCUCAUCUUGAAGAGUGGAGUGAUGUUUGCAAUUUUCCAAUCUUCUGGAACCAUUCCAGAAUGUAGUGAUUCAUGAAAGAUCAUUACUAAUGCCCUCACAAUCUCUUCACCUACCUGUUUCGGAACCCUGGGUGUAUACCAUCUGCUCCAGGUGACGUAACUACCUUCAAACUUUUCAGUUUCCCAAGAAUCUUCUCUCUGGCUAUGGUACCCCCGACACCUGGAGCUUCCAGCAUACUGCUAGUGUCUUCCACAGUGAAGACUGAUGCAAACUACUUAUUCAGUUCGUCUGCCAUUUUGUAACUUGUUACAAAAUGCCCCGCUGCCCCAUACCUAUCUCUCCAGCAUUGUUUUUCAGCAAUCCAAUAUCCACUCUUGUCUCUCUUUUAAACUUUAUGUAUUCAUAGAAACUUUUGGUAUCUCCUUUAUUAUUAUUGGCUAGCUUACUUUCAUCUUGCAUCUUAACCUUUUUAAUUACUUUUUUAGUUGCCUUCUGUUGGUUUUUAAAAGCUAUCCAAUCCUCUAUCUUCCCACUAUUUUUUGCUCUAUAUACUGUAUGUCCUCUCAUUUGAUCUUAUGUUGGCUUUCAUUUCUCAUCAGCACAGCUGUGUCAUCUUGCCUUUAGAAUACUUCUUCCUCUUUGCACCAUAUAUAUCCCGUGCCUUUCAGAAAUUCCAGGCAUGGCUGCUCUGCUGUUAUCCCUGCCAAUGCUCUUUUCCAAUCAAUUCUGGGCAACUCCUCUCUCACACCUCUGUAAUACCUCACUGUACUACUACUUAUACAUCUGACUUCAGCUUCUCCUUCUCAAAUUUCAGGGUGAAUUCGAUUAUAUUAUGAUUACUAGGCAUGUAUCCUCUAUCUCCCAUUGUAAUUUGUAGACUACAUCCUUACUACUGUUUGGUGCUCUGUAUACAACUCCCAUCAGAACAUUCUAUCCUUGCAGUUCCUUAGCUCUGUGUACAAUGAUUGAACGCCCUCCAACCUAACUCACCUCUUUCUAGUGAUUUGAUUUCAUUUCUUGCCGACAGAGCAAAGCUGCUCCCUCCGCCUUCCAGCCUAUCUUUCUAUACUAUGUGCAUCCUUGAACAUUAAGCUCCCAGCUACAAUCUUCUUUCAGCCAUGAUUUAGUAAUGCCAAUACCUGCCAACUUGCAACUGUGCUGCAAAUUCAUCUACCUUAUUCCAUAUACUGUGCCCAUUCAAAUAUAACACCUUAGUCCUGUAUUCCCCGUUUCGAUUUUGUCCGUCUUUUAUGUUGCAGCUCAUCCCAUUGACUGCAGUUUUGCCCCAUCAAUAGCCUCUCCUCACUACACAUUGCUGCUGUUUGUAAACCAGAAACCUCACCAUCAGUACUAUUAUCUGCCUUUCCUACGAUACUUCUUGCAUUGAAGUAUAUGCAGCUCAGGACACUAACUGCACCAUGUUCAACUUUUGUAUUCCUAACUUUGUCUGAUGUUCUACCAACAUCUGCCUCCAAAACCUCUCCACUAACUAUUUAGCACUCUGGUUCCCAUCCCCCUGCAUCUCUAGUUUGAACCUCACUAUGCAGCAUUAACAAACUUUCCCACUAACUUAGUACUUUUAACAUAGUAACUCCCUGAACUCCCUAUGUAGAACCUCACCACUCAUCCUACCCAUGUCAUUGGGCACCCAUUAAAUAUUGAAACAAUGCCUUACGAUGAGUCAGCCAGUACAUUUAGGUUUUGACUGAUAUUUAGCCAACAGUAUUUAAGAAGUUCCUCCAAUUCCACUAGAAGCAUCCAAAUUAAAAUUCCUUGGUCACUGUAAGCAGCCGCUGUAAUAAUAUCUAAGGCAUUUUUAUGACAUCUCGUUAAACUUAGUCCUUUCUCUUGGAUUUAGUAAUUAAUUUAAUUUAAUUUAUUUAUGUAUUUAUGUAUGUAUGUAUGUAUUUAUUUAUUUAAUUUAAUUUAAGACCCCUUCUCCCGUCUUCAAUCCUCCUCCUCUUCAUGGACACCCCGCUCUGGUCUUCUACCUGCUCUGGAUCGCUUUAUUGCUAAUUGCCGACGGGACAUCAACCGUCUCGACUUCACCACACCCUGUUCCGAUACCAACCUCACUCCUUCUGAAUGCUCUGCUCGCCGCUCCCUCUGCACCAAUCCCAACCUCACUAUAAAACCUGCUGAUAAGGGUGGAGCUGUUGUUGUCUGGCGUACUGACCUCUACCUGGUCGAGGCACAAUGACAACUCUCUGAUACCUCCUCUUAUUUACCCCUUGGUCAUGACCCCACUAAGGAGCACCAGGCCAUUGUCUCCUAUACCAUCACCAACCUUAUCAGCUCUGGGGAUCUCCCAUCGACUGCCACCAACCUCAUAGUUCCCACCCCCGCACUUCCCGUUUCUACCUCCUACCCAAGAUCCACAAGCCUGCCUGUCCAGGUAGAUCUAUUGUCUCAGCUUGCUCCUGCCCCACCUAACUCAUUUCUGCAUACCUUGACACUGUCUUAUCUUCCCUUGUUCAAACUCUUCCUACCCAUGUUCGUGACACUUCUCACGCUUUGAAUUUUUUUCAAUGAUUUUAAGUUCCCUGGCCCCCACUGCCUUAUUUUUACCAUGGACGUCCAGUCCCUACAUACCUCCAUCCCCCACCCGGACGGUCUCAAAGCUCUUCGCUUCUUUUUGGAUUCCAGACCUAACCAAUUCCCCUCUACCACCACUCUCCUCUGUCUAGUGGAAUUUCUCCUUUGGCUCCUCCCACUUCCUCCAAACCAAGGGCGUAGCCAUGGGCACCUUUUUAUAAACAAAGGGGCUUCCCUUCUUCCACCAUCAACUCUGCUCUCAAACGCAUCUCUCCCAUGUCCCGCACAUCUGUCCUCACCCCAUCCGCCCACCACCCCAUUUGGGAUAGGGUUCCCCUUGUCCUCACCUAUCACCCCAUCAGCCUCCAGGUCCAACGUAUAAUUCUCCGUAACUUCCGCCACCUCCAAUGGGAUUCCACUACUAAAAACAUCUUUCCCUCACCCCCCCUUUCUGCUUUCCGCAGGGAUCGUUCCCUACGCGACUUCCUUGUCUACUCAUUCCCCCCCCAUCCCUUCCCACUGAUCUCCCUCCUGGAACUUAUCCUUGUAAGCGGAACAAGUGCUACACCUGCCCUUACACUUCCUCCCUCACCACCAUUCAGGGCCCCAGACAGUCCUUCCAGGUGAGGUGACACUUCAGCUGUGAGUCGGCUGGUGUGGUAUACUGCGUCCGGUGCUCCUGGUGUGGCCUUUUAUAUAUUGGUGAGACCCAACGUAGACUGGGAGACCAUUUCGCUGAACACCCACGCUCGGUCCGCCAGAGAAAGCAGAAUCUCCCAGUGGCCACGCAUUUUAAUUCCACGUCCCAUUCCCAUUCUGAUAUGUCUAUCCAUGGCCUCCUCUACUGUCAAGAUGAAUCCACACUCAGGUUGGAGGAACAACACCUUAUAUACUAGCUGGGUAGCCUCCAACCUGAUGGCAUGAACAUUGACUUCUCUAACUUCCAUUAAUGCCCCUCCUCCCCUUCUUACCCCAUCCCUGACAUAUUUAGUUGUUUGCCUGUUCUCCAUCUCCCUCUGGUGCUCUUCCCCGCCCCCCCCCCCUUCUUUCUCCCGAGGCCUCCCGUCCCAUGAUCUUUUCCCUUCUCCAGCUCUGUAUCACUUUUGCCAAUCACCUUUCCAGCUCUUAGCUUCAUCCCACCCCCUCCGGUCUUCUCCUAUCAUUUCGCAUUUCCCCCUCCCCCCUCUACUUUCAAAUCUCUUACUAUCUUUCCUUUCAGUUAGUCCUGACAAAGGGUCUCGGCCCAAAACAUCAACAGUGCUUCUCCUUAUAGAUGCUGCCUGGCCUGCUGUGUUCCACCAGCAUUUUGUGUGUGUUGUUUGAAUUUCCAGUAUCUGCAGAUUUCCUCGUGUUUGCUAUUUAAAAUCAUGUCUGGUCUUCCAUAGAAACUUGUUGCACAAAUAUUCUAGUUCUCUAUUUGGUUCAGGUAGACCAAAAGUUCUUAUGUAAAGCCCACCUACAAAUUUCAUACCUCAAAAACAGAUCUGAAAAAGAAACUCAACAACUUUCAAUGGGGAAAAUUAAAAUUAUCCUCCUUUAAUCUAUUGAGCGCCCAUUAGAAUUGUAGAAAAAACUAAGAAUGUACUGCAUAUUCUAAUGCUAAAACUAACUCACAAGCCAACUUUCAGAUUUCUAGAUUCUUUCAUUACUGAUCUAUGGCAUGACAUGUUUGUUCUAUUUUAUUACAUGGGUCUAUAGAUUGGGAGGGCAAUCCUAUAAUGUUUCAGUGUCCUCACCCUUCAACAGUGCCCCAAAGCCCUUAGCAUAAAGUACUCGUCCAUCAGAAUAAUUAAUUGACUAUGAAAAGCAUGGAUAACAUUUUCCUUCAGAGCUUGAGGUCGAGCACUUUUGUUUAUAGCCUACAUUUUACAUUUAUGGACAGUAAUUCCGUCAUGAGGUUCGUUCACUGCCUGUUCAUCUCUUAGAAAAAGUACAUUCCUUGGAACGUAAGUGCCCUGUCUUAGCAACGUUGUAAAUCUCUUCAUGAGAAAGGCAAUAAUCUCACAAACUGGGUCAAUAAAUCGAUAUCCUCCUUGGCAUUCUCUCACCAAGUGUAUUUUUAAUUGUCGAUAUCAGAGUAAAAUUCAAUAUGUUUUUGGUAGAUUAACUUAAAACUCACAAUUAAACAUUUAUAACUUUCAGACAAAAGCAAAUUGGACUCACCUUUAUCUAAUUUUAACUUCCUGCUCAUAGCCAGCAUUUCUCAUUUCUAAAUUCAGUACUGCCAUAUUGAUGCUUCCAGAAUGCUUGUGAGCUCAGGCACGGAUACCUUGGAUUGAAAGUGGAAGCACACAGACUUCUUCAGUAGGAAUCCUGAACGCAUUUAUGUUUCAGAUGAAGUGGGGCCUUAGACAUUAUGAUUAGAGAGUCUCCACUUAGUGAUACUGCAGCAAAUGACACUAAGAAAGAAAGAGGAGUGCAAAAAGUUACAUGAUAUCAACUUGUCUCUGCUUUGAGAUAGCUGUUGUAAAAGUUAGUUAUAACUUUACAUGGGUGUGCUGCCAUAAAACAUGUGGGAAGUGUGGCAGAGAGGUAGGUGGAAGAGAAUUAAUGAAAGUUGCUCCUAAAAUGACACUGUGAAUGCGACUACAAUGUGCUUUAUAUUUUAUAUUUCUCAUAUAUUAGAUUAAUAAAAAUUAUUUAUGGUAUAAAUACUUGGCUGUUCACCUGAACAACAGACUUGAGAGGAAAGCCAACAAUAAGGCUGUUUACAAGAAAGGGAUGAGCAGACUCAAAAAGGAAAUAUAUAUUUAUUUCUUUUGAUUUUUUUUCAAUUUCUGCUCAUUAUGUUUAAAACAUAAGGCAUCCAGGUGAAAAUGGUUCAGGUUUUAGUUGUCCAUGCAUUACCAAUAUUUGAUUUGUACUAUUUGAAACAAGUCAAUUAAAAUAAGUGAUAAAUGACAAUCAGCAGUACUGAGGUGUAAUAUUGUUGAUCUGCAUCCCCGUGCCCUCAUCUCCAUGACUGACUGAAUAUGCAGCGAGGCACUCUUUCGAACUGGCUUAUUUAUCUCUGCGGUGACAUGGAUCGUUACAGAAAAUCUUUCCUACUAGAUGCAAUAAGCAUGUACAACAGUUCAUCUCUGUACAACAGGGGAACACACAUCAUGGUACAAUCAUCUCUGUUUUAUUAUUUCAUACAUUGUUAUUGCAAUUUGGUAAAUUACUGUUUUGUAUAUUAUUAUUUUGUACUUUAUUAUUAGUUAAUAUUAUUAUUAUAUUUAUUAUUGUUGUUAAGUGUGUUUUUAAAUGCUGUUGUAAUGAAAUAAUUUCCCACUCGGGAUCAAUAAAGUACCUAU